GGCGGCGGAGCUGGGCGCCCCGGGCAGCGGUGGUGGAGAGCCACAAGCUGGGCGGCACUUGCGUGAAUGUCGGAUGUGUACCCAAAAAGGUGAUGUGGAACACAGCUGUCCACUCUGAGUUUAUGCAUGAUCAUGUUGACUAUGGCUUUCAGAGUUGUGAGAGUAAAUUCAAUUGGCGGGUUAUAAAGGAAAAGCGCGAUGCCUACGUGAGCCGACUGAACACCAUCUAUCAAAAUAAUCUGACCAAGUCCCACAUAGAAAUCAUCCACGGCCAUGCAGCAUUCACGAGCGACCCCCAGCCUACAGUAGAGGUCAACGGGAAGAAGUACACAGCUCCUCACAUCCUGAUUGCCACAGGUGGCGUACCCUCGGUCCCCCCGGAGAGCCAGAUCCCUGGUGCCAGCCUAGGAAUUACCAGUGAUGGGUUUUUUCAGCUGGAAGAAUUGCCCAGCCGCAGUGUCAUUGUUGGGGCCGGUUACAUUGCUGUGGAGAUAGCUGGGAUCCUUUCUGCCCUGGGCUCUAAGACGUCACUGAUGAUACGACAUGAUAAGGUGCUUAGGAGUUUUGAUUCAAUCAUCAGCUCCAACUGUACUGAAGAGCUGGAGAAUGCUGGCAUAGAGGUGCUGAAGUACUCACAGGUCAAGGAAGUCAAAAAAACUUCUUCCGGCCUGGAACUCUGCAUGGUUACUUCAGUUCCUGGUAGGAAACCCACCUUUAGCACCAUUUCAGGUGUUGACUGCUUGCUCUGGGCCAUUGGGCGGGACCCAAACUCCAGGGGCCUGAAUUUAAGCCAACUGGGGAUUCAAACUGAUGACAAAGGUCAUAUCAUAGUAGAUGAAUUCCAGAAUACUAAUGUAAAAGGCGUUUACGCAGUUGGGGACGUGUGUGGAAGAGCGCUUCUUACUCCAGUUGCGAUUGCUGCUGGCCGGAAACUUGCCCAUAGACUUUUUGAGUGCAAAGAAGAUUCCAAAUUAGACUAUGACAACAUCCCCACAGUGGUAUUUAGUCACCCCCCUAUUGGGACAGUGGGACUCACAGAAGAUGAGGCCAUUUGUAAAUAUGGAAAAGAAAAUGUGAAGAUUUAUUCCACCACCUUUACUCCAAUGUAUCAUGCUGUUACCAAAAGGAAAACAAAAUGUGUGAUGAAAAUGGUUUGUGCCAACAAAGAGGAAAAGGUAGUUGGGAUCCAUAUGCAAGGAAUUGGGUGCGAUGAAAUGCUGCAGGGUUUUGCAGUCGCAGUAAAAAUGGGAGCAACAAAAUCUGACUUUGAUAACACUGUUGCCAUUCAUCCUACCUCUUCAGAAGAACUGGUCACACUUCGUUGAGAAGUUCCUACGGCUGGCACCUGGACCAGUAAACCUUCAAAAAGGAACCAGAUCGUCACGUUUACUUACCAUUCCCAUUUUAUGUAUUUCAUUAUUGUAAUCAGGAUCUUCCAAUAGUGGACAUUUUCAGUAAAUUUAUUUAUGUAGUUAGAAAAUUUGUCAUCCAGGAUUGAUUUUCACAGCUCACUAAUUACUAUUUUUUCUUAUUAAUAGCUCCGUACUCGUUUUGUUUUGUUUUAGCCUCAUCCCAAGUAUAAAACUACAUGAAGUACAGUUAAAUGAAUGCACUUGAACAAAUAGCGCUUGCUGAUUUUUAUAGACAAAGAUGACAGCAGCUCUUCAUACUUAAAUAAUCCAAGUACAGAGUUGUUAUAUUUCUUUGAAGCCAGUACUGUGCUUUGCAGAUUGCAAAGAUUGCAAAGCUACUUCAGGGAUGCGACCUUUCACUAAAAGCAUAUAACUUGAAAGGCCUGCCUCCCGUAUUUUAUACUUUCUUUUGUUCUAAAUGAUUAAAAAUGGUUUGUGCUACUUUUAUGAGAUGAAGUACAUCAAAUUCGGGAAAGAUUUAAGGAGUGAGGGACAUUUUAGGAGUGAUUCUUGCUUUCAGAAGGGGGGGGAUUCAGAUACUUCAAAAGUCCCCAUCUCUGCUAAGAGUUCAUAGUUCAAGGAAUGAUUUCAACUUUUGUAUCUGUUCUUGUCAUUUUAUUUUUUGAAAAAAUUUCUAAAAAUCUGAAAAUAAAAUU